AUGUCUGGAUUCGCCGAUUUCGACGCCGGCCAUCGUGACUUGGUUUCGGUCACCAAGUUCAACUUCUAUGGCAAUCGCAUCGUGACGGCAUCUUCCGACCAUCGCAUGAAAGUCUGGGACCAGAAGGAUGGCGAGUGGCAGCUCACCGACACCUGGCGUGCUCAUGAUGCCGAAAUUCGGGAUGCAACGUGGAACGGUCCGUUCACUGGUCAGCAUAUCGGUAGUGUAGGCGAAGACAUGAAAUGCAAGAUCUGGCAGGAAGAUGUCACCCAGCCGCCCAACUCUGGUCGCCGCUUCAGGGCUGUCUUUCGGAUGACGGCGCCGCAGCGACAUCCGUUUGUCUCAAUUGACUUCCGUAACAUUGAUCUGGAGUCUUAUUUUGCUGUGAUUACCCGAGAUGGCUACUUGAUGAUCAUGGAACCAGUCACUCCAGACACACUUACGGACUGGCAACCUCUGGACCAAUUUCGCGUGUGUACUGCACCCGAGCGAGGCGAAGAAACCAGCUUCAGGGUACAAUUCCAUCAGGAUCCCACGGACAUCACGCACUCCGUCCUACCUUCUUGGGAUCGCAAGAGUCUUUCACUGGUGGUUGCGGCUAUGGAUAGCGUCAAAGUAUAUCGCACAGACGCGAAUCGUCGGUUCUAUCAUGCCAUUGAAUUGUCUGGCCAUGGAGGGCUGGUUCGAGAUAUUGCCUGGGCCAAUGGCUCAGUUCGAGGCUACGACCUAAUUGCAAGUGGCUGCAAGGACGGGUUCAUUCGGAUCUUCGAAGUGUAUACUACGUCCAACCAAGGGAGCCAGAAUUCCAAUGGGAGCCAUGCCGAUUCCACCAAUCACCAAUCAUCGACCCGGGCAACAACACAAUCAGGAAUUGGCUCUGCUCUUGCGAAUCGUGCACCUGAGUCGUUGUCAAGUCGCGCACCUACCGAUGACAAUCCGUUCAAACAUUCGUACAAGGAAGCUGUGUGUCUCGACAGCAAGCAUCUUGAUGUGUGGCAAGUGGGAUUUUCAUAUGCCGGUGACUGUCUGAUUUCAUCCGGCGAUGACGGCAUCGUACGAUUUUGGAAGAAAUCCCUGUCCGGUGAAUGGCUUGAAUAUGCAGAAACGGACAUGACGUAUCAAUGA